AUGCCUUGUUGGUACUACGAUAAAAAUGAAUUGAAACAAACACCGUCAAUAAUUAACGACGCGAUAGAUUACGAAACAGAAUGUAGGUACAGGCAAGAAGGUGUAAGAUUUAUUGUUAAUUUAGGUACUAGUUUAAAUUUAAUAUUUAAUAACACUAUUGCCACUGGUGUUAUUUAUUUUCAUCGUUUUUAUAUGAAACAUUCUUUCAAACAAUUUCCACGUUAUAUUACGGCAUGUGCUUGCUUAUUUUUGGCUGGAAAAGUUGAAGAAACUCCAAAAAAAUGUAAAGAUAUUAUUGAAACUUCAAAAAUUUUAUUAACUGAACAAAAAUUUUCACUUAUUUUUGGUCGAGAUCCAAAGGACAAAAUAAUGACUCUUGAAAAAAUUUUAUUACAAACAAUAAAAUUCGACCUCCAAGUCGAACAUCCUUACAGUUAUUUAUUGAAGUACGUCAAAUGUUUAAAAGGAGACAAGAGUAAAUUACAGAAAAAAUUGCAAAUGGCCUGGAAUUUCGUCAACGAUAGUUUAAGUACGACAUUAUCAUUGCAAUGGGAGCCAGAAAUAAUAGCUGUCGCAGUAAUGUACCUAGCAGGUAAAUUAAGUAAAUUUGAAGUCGUCGACUGGGACGGAAGACAACCAAAUCAUUUGAGAUGGUGGGAUAUGUUUGUCGAAGAUGUUACUAUGGAAUUACUCGAAGAUAUUUGUCACCAAGUGCUGGACACUUAUACACUAGAAAACAAUACUUUGAAAGAAAUUUCACAACCAACAACGCCAAACUCUUCUUCAGAACCAGCAUCAUCAACACCAGUAUCUAAUGAUUCAACUUCUACAGAACCACCAGAACCAAGAUCCAACAACUACUCAGAGCCGCAACAAGGAUCAACCCAGCCACUCCAACCAGCUGGAGCUCCAGCCCCUCUACCAUCACCAUCAACAGGAGUCCAGCCAAACUUCACUGUCUAUCCACCACCAACAGUCUACCCAGCAGCUCUGCCACCAGUUCCAGCAACUCUGCCAGCCACUACUGUGCCUAUCCAACCCAGUUUCACUGCCUACCCACCGCCUCCACAAGUUUACCAAGCACCAGCGAACAUGUCGGUGCCUCCACCGCUAAAUCCAAACAUGGUUCCAAUGCACCUACCUCAGCCUAAUUACUCCGUUCCUCCACCAGCUGUUCCUCCUCCUCAGUACCAGUAUGCCUAUCCAACGCAGAUUUAUUACCCUCCUCAAAAUCCCCCACCUAAUAAUCGUCCUUAUUACCCCUCUUUAUGA